AGAGUAUUAGACUAUUUUCCUCACAAACAAGCCAUGGCUGUGGACGUAGCAAUGCAGCUAUACGUAUGCUCUUCACCCUUGCGAAGAGAGAAGUGUGCCUUCAAAAUUGCUCCGAAGCCAACCAAGCCGUUGCGGCCCUGCAUCCAGCUGAGUAGCAAGAGUGCGGUGAAUGGACCAGAAGAGACGGCAAACUCCUUCACACACAAAGUGAAGAAGAGGGUGUCGUUUGCAGAUAGCAGAGGCUUCGCUCUGACGAUGGUGAAGGUGUUCUCGGAGUUUGACGAUCCACUGGACAUUCCUUUCAACAUCACCGAGCUGAUAGACAACAUUGUGGGUCUGACAACAGUGGAGAGGGACAGCUUUGUCCUGGAUUUUGUUCAGCCCUCAGUGGACUACCUGGACUUCAGAAACCGCCUCCAGGCAGACUGUGUCUGCCUUGAAAACUGUAUGCUAAAGGAGCGAUCCGUUGUGGGAACAGUGAAGGUGAAGAACCUCGCUUUUGAAAAGACUGUGAAGAUCAGGAUGACGUUUGACACCUGGAAAAACUUUGUAGAUUACCCAUGCCAGUAUGUCAAGGAUACGUACGGAGGGUCAGAUCGGGACACGUUUUCCUUUGACAUCAGCUUGCCCGAGGGAAUUCAAUCCCACGAAAGAGUCGAGUUUGCCAUCUCCUUCGAGUGCGAUGGGAAGGUGUACUGGGACAGCAACAGGGGCACAAAUUACAGGAUCAUACGGUCAGAACUGAAGUCUGCCCAGGAAGCCGUCCGCCCCCCACGAGGCCCUGACUUCAGCAGCGCCUUUGACCAGUUCGGGAGCCCUCGCUGCUCCUACGGCCUCUUUCCCGAGUGGCCCAGCUAUUCGGGCUACGAGAAGCUGGGGCCUUAUUAUUGACCCAAGAAUAAAGUCCUGAUUGACUAACUGUGGAUGGUGUGUCUGCAGGCCUGGGAGCUGGUCUGAACGCGGGGUGUACGGAAAGGUGGAAGAAGGAUGGCUCCGUGUAGCUCUGCAUAAG